AUGGCGGAUGAGCUGGCGACUGUGAAGUUGUUCAACGAGAACACCGCGUCCGUUGUGUACAUCACGAACCUCGCCACUCGGAAGGACGCGUUCACAUUGGAUGUGAUGCAGGUGCCUCAGGGGACAGGGUCAGGCUUCAUCUGGGACACGGAGGGCCAUGUGGUUACCAACUUCCACGUCAUCAGGCGCGCCUCUGACCUCAGAGUGACCUUAGCCGACCAAUCAGUGUACGAGGCGACAGUGGUGGGAGCGGACCCCAACAAGGACGUGGCAGUGCUUCACAUCGAUGCUCCCCCUGAGAAGCUCAGGCCGCUGCCUGUAGGCUCCUCCUCGGACCUGCUCGUCGGCCAGAAGGUCUUCGCCAUCGGCAACCCCUUCGGACUGGACCACACACUCACAACAGGAGUCAUCAGUGGAUUGCAGCGUGAGAUAACAUCGGUGACGCGGCGGCCCAUUCAGGACGUGAUUCAGACCGACGCUGCCAUCAACCCUGGCAACAGCGGCGGGCCCCUCCUCGACUCCAGCGGCACACUCAUUGGCAUCAACACCGCUAUUUAUUCGCCAUCUGGCGCAUCCUCGGGCGUUGGAUUCGCCAUCCCUGUGGACACAGUGAGUGGCAUCGUGGAUCAGAUCAUCCUGUACGGCCAGGUCACACGGCCGGCUCUCAACCUGGCCUUUGCACCGGAGCAGCUGGUGGAUCAGCUUGGCAUCACGGGGGUGCUCGUGCUCGAAGUCAACCCCAAUGGCGCCGCUGCCAAGGCCGGUCUGCGCCCCACGUCGCGGGACAGCUUUGGGCGGCUAAUGCUGGGAGACACUAUCACAGCCAUUGAUGGCAAGCCCAUCCUCUCCGGCUCCGACCUCUACAAGAUCCUUGACAAGUGCAAAGUCGGCCAGACGGUUGAUGUACGGCUGCUGAGAGGAAACGAGGAAGUUGUGGUGCCCGUCACAUUGGAUGGGCUGAGCGGGUGA